AUGUCGCGCAAUCCAAUGGACGACUAUAUGCAGAGAAUGCGAACCAUAGUGCGCCAAAACCGUGGUGCAUUCCCCGGUGGUCGCCCUCCCCAAGGUGCGGGUAUGGCAUUAGCUGCACUCGGUUUAGUCGGUGGUGGCCUUUUUCUCCUGCAGAACUCCAUGUUCAACGUCGACGGUGGUCACAGAGCUAUCAAGUACCGGAGAAUAAGUGGUGUCAGCAAGGAAAUCUAUAGCGAAGGAACCCAUAUUAUGAUCCCUUGGUUUGAAACUCCGAUAACUUACGACGUGCGAGCGAAACCGAGAAACGUUUCGUCUCUUACCGGCACCAAGGAUCUACAGAUGGUUAACAUUACUUGCCGUGUUCUUUCCCGACCUAAUAUCGAGGCGCUCCCGCAGAUCUACAGGACGCUCGGUCAGGACUACGACGAGCGAGUGCUACCGUCCAUCGUAAAUGAGGUUCUGAAGAGCGUGGUGGCGCAGUUCAAUGCUAGCCAGCUGAUCACGCAGCGAGAGAGCGUUGCCAAACUUGUUCGGGAUAACCUGUCGAGGCGAGCCGCCAGAUUUAACAUCUUAUUAGAUGAUGUCUCCCUUACGCAUCUUGCUUUCUCCCCGGAGUUCACGGCCGCGGUUGAAGCGAAGCAGGUAGCACAGCAGGAGGCCCAGCGAGCAGCUUUCGUCGUCGACAAGGCGAGACAGGAGAAGCAGGCUAUGGUUGUGAAGGCCCAGGGUGAGGCACGAUCAGCCGAGCUUAUCGGAGAAGCGAUCAAGAAGAACAAGGCGUAUGUCGAGUUGAAGAAGAUCGAGAACGCCAGAGCCAUUGCCGCUCAGAUGCAGGAAUCUGGUGGCAGAAACAGAUUGCUGCUCGAUGCCGAAGGUCUUGGACUGAACGUGUUUAGCGAUGACCGUAACGGCAAGUGA